UGCUGUAUUGUUGUAGAAUUUUGUGGAAAAUAAUAUUUGGCUCGUAAAAUUCUUGUAAAUAAAGUUUCGGAAUUCAUAUUUUCAUCCCAUUGUUUGUGUUUUUAUUAUAAAAUACCUACACCUUUAAUCACUAAUGGAGGACAACGGAAAAUUAUCCCAAGAAAACGAAAACAAUGGAAUCAUGCAACGGAUGGAUUGGAUCAGUAACCACGCCGAGCACACGAAUGAGAUUCGCAUGACAAUUCAAUUAGACAUCGAAUCGUUUAAUGCUUUGUACUCAGAAUGUGCUAAGUACUCCCAACAAGUACAAUACGCAAAAAGUCAAAGAAUGAGCAACACUUCAGUACUACCCGAAAUUGAAUGUAAAUUUAUUCGAGAAAAAGAAUUGCACCAAGAACAGCUAAAGGCUAAAUCAUUAACUCUUAAUAAUUCUAUUUCUGUUUACGUUAACAAACUUAAUGAAUUAACAAACUUGAUCAGUCCUGUACAAGCUUAUAUUAUUGAAUCUUUAAUUCAGUGGAAACGUCAACAACAAUUAGCUGGUAAUGGAUAUAAAUGCAUGAAGAAUAUAGAUGUCAUACAAACUUGGUGUGAGAAAUUGUGUGAUUUAAUAUGGAUAGCUCGUUCACAAAUUAAAGAAGCUGAUCGAUUCAGAGUGAAUUUGAGUCGUUUUUUUGAAUUACCACAAUCAUGUGAAAUUAUUAACACACUGCUCAAUAUGACUACUCAGUAUCUUUCAUCCUUGGUGACAAGUACCUUUGUUAUUAUUGCUCAACCGCCUCAAGUAUUGAAAACUAAUACAAGAUUUUCUGCAGAAGUGCGUCUAUUAAUUGGUGGAAAACUCAAUAUCCAUAAAACAUCUCCUGUGGUUAAAGUAUCUAUAGUUAAUGAAUCUCAAGUUAAUCAAAUAAUUGGAAGAAACAGACCAUAUGGUGAAUCUUGUGGCGAAUUAAUAAAUUGCACAGGAAAAAUGGAGUACCACCAAGUGCUCAGACAUUUUUCUGCCAACUUCCGAAGUAUGCAACUUAAAAAAAUUAAACGCACAGAAAAAAAAGGAACAGAAUCUGUUAUGGAUGAAAAAUUUUCAAUUUUAUUUUCUUCAASAUUUUUUAUUGGUAAUGAACUUCAAUUUGAGGUAUGGAAUUUGUCAUUACCAGUGGUAGUUAUUGUGCACGGAAAUCAAGAUCCUCAUGCUUGGGCUACUGUAAUUUGGGACAAUUCUUUUGCUAAACUUGGACGAGUCCCAUUUAAUGUUCCUGACAAAGUGCCUUGGAAAAGUGUGGCAGAAGCUUUAAACAUGAAAUUUUCUGCAGUUACAGGUCGUGGUCUUUCGGAAGAAAGCUUAAUGUUUUUGGCAGAAAARGCCUUAAGAACUCAAAAUGUAGAUUUCAAUAAUAUGAUUAUAUCAUGGUCACAAUUCUGUAAAGAACCGUUGCCACAAAGAAGUUUCACAUUUUGGGAAUGGUUUUAUUCAGUGAUGAAAUUAACUAAAGAACAUCUAAAAGGUCCUUGGAUGGAUGGAGCUAUUAUGGGUUUCAUAAGAAAGUCUGAUGCAGAAAACAUGUUAACAAGAUAUGCAACUGGUACAUUUUUAUUAAGAUUUUCAGAUUCAGAAUUAGGUGGUCUAACUGUUGCCUGGACUGCAUCUAAUGAAUAUGAAGUUUUUAGUCUACACCCUUUCUCAGCUAAAGAUUUAUCUAUUCGAAACUUGGCAGAUAGACUACUAGACUUACCAUACCUCACCAAGUUAUAUCCGAAUAUAGAUAAAGACCUAGCAUUUGGAAAAUAUUAUACACAA